UCUCUCUCUCUUUCCUCUCACUUCUCUCUCUCCAAAAUUUUGCAGCUUGAACAGAAAAAGAAGAAGAAGAAGGAAAAAAAACUCAACAAAAAAAAACCUUGUCAGCAGACAGGGGAAUUCGACAAACGCUAGCACAACACGGGGUGUUAUAAAUUUUUGAAAAAAAAUUAUAAGUUAGUAUUUUUUAUUUUUAUUUGUCCCUCUGUCUCCGUCUCUUUCCUCUCACACCUCUCUUUGUCCAAAAUAUUGAAGCUUGCAAAAACUCUGAGCAGCAGCAGCAGAAGAAACAAAAACCCAAAAAGAAAAAAAAAGUUACUUGGUAGCUAGCACAAGUUAGGGUAUUAUAAUAUUAAAAGAGAAAUAUUAUACAUAUAUAUCUAUAUAUAUAGUGGUGAAUAGUUCGAGUUGAAAGCUAGCCAAAGCAGAUGCAACGGGCAGCUGGCGGAAGCAGCAGUGGCGGCGGAGAAGUGAGUCGGGGAGGCGGGCUCGGCCGGUUCUGCUCGGCGCCGGCGACAUGGUUAGAGGCACUGCUUGAGGAGGAAGAAGAAGACCCAUUGAAGCCCACCCAGUGCUUAACUGAGCUUCUUGCUGAAAACACAGGAGCCACAUCAGUAGGGUUUGGUUCUACGACGGUGGAUCCAGUGUCGUAUGAAGCUGCCGCCGCCGCUGGAUUUCUUAGCCGACAGAACAGCUCUCCGGCUGAGUUUCUGGGGAGUUCGACCGACGGGUCGGAAGGGUAUUUCUCGGGGUUUGGAAUUCCGGCGCACCUCGACUUUGCGUCCUUGUCCCCAAAUAGCUCUUCUCCUCCUGCUAAUAAGAGGGUUAGGGAGGUGAAAUUGGAGGAAAGUGGAUUGGAGGAUGCAGUGCCUUGCAGGGUUAGGGCCAAGCGUGGUUGUGCUACGCAUCCUAGGAGCAUUGCUGAAAGGGUCCGCAGGACUCGAAUCAGUGACCGCAUAAGGAAGCUUCAAGAACUUGUGCCCAACAUGGAUAAGCAAACUAAUACUGCCGAUAUGUUAGACGAGGCAGUGGAGUAUGUGAAGUUUCUUCAGAAGCAGAUUCAGGAACUUUCAGAGCAUCAGCGCAGAUGCAAAUGCAUAGCUAAAGAAUAACCAGAAGAGGUGUCAUUAAUUUCAGUUACCUUCUUGCAUAGUGAUAUUGAGUUUCGAUGUGUAUGUUGUCUUGGCAAUAGAGGAGGAUUUCAGGUGAGAGAUUAUCGACUUGCAUAUGCUUGAUGAUUGCUUUGAUUAGAAAUAUAAAAUUGUUUGGUGGUUUCCUCAAUUAUGCACCAGGUUUCUAUGUAGUAAAUGUUAGAGCUUAGGAAAUCAUAGCAAAAAAUCCUAUCCUCAAAUCCUUGCAUUUGCAACCUCUUAUGUGGAAUGUGGGAUCUCUAUUGGGUAAUGACGAGAGGCUGACACAUGAGGGACAGAGUGGUUGUUUUCUGCUUCCUAAUUGCAUUGUUUUUGGGGGAAUGUGGAAACUAACAAAAUUUUACAAAUAAUAAAUGAAAGAAUUCCAUUGUCUUUUUUCAAUGAAAAGUUCUACUGAAAUUAUCUCAAUUUUCUUUUGUUGUUGUGCCUUCUGUUGAACAUGUAUGCAUGAAUUGCACCUUUGUCCAGAAGCUUAAGAUUUUAAUAAACACAAGCUUAAAAUCUUAGAGGGCAUCGGUGUCAAUUCUCGGAUCAAAUCCUACACCAUACCUCAUAACGGAAAUUAAUAAGUAUUUGAGUUAGCCUGUUCAUCAUUCAAUCUCAAUUGCACUUAAUCGUGGGUUAUAGUUUGAGAGUUUAUCUGGUUUCUGUAGUUCCUAACCUCUUUAUUAUUGUGAUUUCGAUUUUAUCUGAUUCGAGAACUCCAUUUGCAAUUAAUUGUACAUUUUCGAAAUA